AGAUCUGCCAAACUAGUAGCACUGGAUUCUACAGCUGCCCCACAAAUUACAUUUCUGCAGACUUAACUGAUUUUUGUGCCUCGAGCAUUUGCAGUAUUGGACUUAGCCUGUUUCUAGCCAACAGUGCGAGCAGAACUGAUGGAACAGGUGCCUCAUAUUGCCAUGUUCUGUCAAGAAAACAGACCUUCAAUCCCGUAUGCUUUUUCCAAAUACUUACUGCCUAUUGUGGUACGAUACCUUGCAGACCAGAAUAACCAGGUAAGAAAAACAAGCCAGGCAGCACUGUUAGUUCUGUUGGAGCAAGAACUUAUAGAGAGAUACGAUGUGGAGACCAAAGUGUGCCCUGUUCUGAUAGAUCUGACAGCUCCAGACAGCAAUGACGAUGUGAAGACGGAAGCCGUGGCUAUAAUGUGCAAAAUGGCCUCCAUGGUGGGAAAGGACAUCACGGAAAGACUUGUUCUUCCUCGGUUUUGCGAGAUGUGCUGUGACUGCAGAAUGUUUCAUGUUCGUAAGGUGUGUGCAGCCAAUUUUGGAGAUAUCUGCAGUGUGGUUGGGCAGCAAGCCACUGAAGAAAUGUUGCUGCCAAGAUUUUUCCAGCUCUGCUCUGAUAACGUGUGGGGAGUUAGGAAAGCCUGUGCUGAAUGCUUCAUGGCAGUUUCUUGUGCAACAUCACAGGAAGUCCGGAGGACAAAAUUGUCAACCCUUUUUAUUAAUUUGAUUAGUGAUCCUUCACGAUGGGUCCGCCAAGCAGCUUUUCAGUCUUUGGGGCCUUUCAUAUCAACUUUUGCUAAUCCAUCCAGCAGUGGCCAGUACUUUAAAGAAGAAGAUGGUAAAAACCCAGAAGAUUGUGGUUCUGCACAGGAAAACAGUGAACAAGUCAGGACUACAGAAGAUGUCUCAACAGAGGGUGAGCACAACAGAACAGAGGAUCUGUCUUCACAUGUUGAUAAUGAUGAAUUUGCAACAAAACUUGAAAAUGCCAUGGAAGAUCAAAAUGUAGUAUCAAAUAACUCCCAAAGGAAAAGUGAUUUCCAGACUGAGUCAUCCUUCCAUACAGCAGGUCUGCAGGAGGCUGGGCUGAAUUCACAGGAAACCUCUCUUUCAGAGCAGGAAUUGUAUAACUCUUUUCAUUUCUGGAGGACUCCACUUCCUGAAAUAGAUAUUGACUUCGAGCUUCAGCAGACUUCUGACAUAAUACUCGAUACAGAAAUUCAGGAACUCACUAUGCCAGUGUCUCCAAACAUUCCUAUGGCAACAAGGAAAGAAUUGGAAGAAAUGAUAGAAAAUUUGGAACCCCAUAUAGACGAUCCAGAUGUUAAAGCACAAGUGGAGGUGUUGUCUGCUGCACUCAGAGCAUCCAGUUUGGAUCCUCAAGAAGGGACAAUGGCCAGUGUUGGCAAGGGAAUAGACUCACAGACUGAACUAACCAUCAACGACCAACAAAACUUUAAACCUAUACUGGGUGAUAUUGUGCCUUUAAUUGGUGACACUGUUGAGAAUAUGGAUUCUACACUUCACUAUAUUCAUAAUGAUUCAGAUUUGAGCACCAACAGUAGUUUCAGCCCUGAAGAAGAAAGAAAAUCCAAAGUACAGGAUGUUGUACCUCAGGCCUUGCUGGAUCAGUAUUUAUCAAUGACUGAUCCAUCUCGUGCACAAACAGUUGAUACCGAGAUUGCCAAACACUGUGCCUACAGCCUGCCAGGUGUGGCUCUUACGUUAGGCAGACAGAAUUGGCACUGUUUAAAAGAUACCUAUGAGACACUGGCAUCGGACAUGCAGUGGAAGGUUCGGCGGACACUAGCAUUUUCUAUACAUGAACUUGCUGUCAUCCUUGGAGACCAGCUUACAGCUGGAGAUUUAGUUCCUGUCUUCAAUGGCUUUUUAAAAGAUCUAGAUGAAGUCAGGAUAGGUGUGCUUAAACACUUGCAUGACUUUCUGAAGCUUCUUCAUCUUGACAAAAGACGAGAGUAUCUUUAUCAGCUCCAGGAAUUCCUAGUGACUGAUAACAGCAGGAACUGGCGUUUCCGUGCAGAGCUGGCUGAGCAACUGAUCUUGCUUCUAGAUCUGUACAGUGCCAAAGACAUUUAUGACUACUUGCGACCUAUCGCUUUCAGCCUCUGUGCAGACAAAGUGUCUUCUGUCCGUUGGAUUUCUUACAAGCUGGUUAGUGAAAUGGUGAAAAAGCUGUACAUGGCUUCAACAUCAACCUUCGUGACAGACCUCAUGAAUGAACUUGUUGAAAAGUUCUGCAGAUGUCACAAAUGGUCUGGCCGGCAGACUUUUGUCUUUAUUUGCCAGACUAUCAGUGAAGAUGACUGCUUGCCCAUGGACCAGUUUGCUGUGCAUCUGUUGCCACACUUAUUACACUUGGCAUCUGACAGGGUUCCAAAUGUUCGAGUCCUGCUUGCAAAAACAUUAAAACAAACUCUUUUAGAAAAAGAAUAUUUUCUAAAUUCUGCCAACUCUCAUCAAGAAGCUGUGGAGCAAACAAUUAUGGCGCUUCAAAUGGAUGAUGACAGUGAUGUCAAAUAUUUUGCAAGCAUACACCCUGCCAGUACCAAAAUUGCUGAUGACGCCAUGAGCACUGCUUCAUCAACUUAUUAAAAAGUUCUGAAUGUUGCUAUAAUUAAAAAAAAAUUAAACAAACUAUCCUCAAAUGCUUCUAAAAUGGUUGAUCUAGGACAACCUGUUUGGAAGGAGAGAUUUCUUGCCAGACUUAACAGGUGGAUAUUAUCUAAACUUAAUACCAGGGAUUUUAAGUCAAGAAAAAGUAAACAUACCUGUGUCAGCUUGACUUUAGAAAAACACUGCUCAGAGGAUUAUUUUUGCCACCGAAGCCUUAAAUCUUCUGUCUUCCUGAACAAAUGAAACUUGAAUUGGCAGAUCAUUUUCAUUAUAGAAAGGAUGUGAUUACCAGAGACCUGCAUUGUUUCUCCUGAGGAGUUAACUUAGCAAGUAUUUUCUGUAGCAACUGAUAGGUGAAAUGGCCAGAAAGACAAAUUUAUACCGGGAUGUGAGACCUCCAGUAUUAGCGCUAAAAGGUUUUAUCGUUCAAGGACUUGAUUUGUGUGCAGCUGGGCACACCCUUAAGUGGGAAUAGCUUUGAUGUUUGUAAAUGGGGAAAAGUAGAAAUUGGAAUUUCUCUUAAGGGCUCAGUGCUAACACUAAACUAGAAUUUGAUUUUAAUCCUUAAAUGCAGCAUAUUGCUGUACCCAUUAGCAGAAAACUUUGCUGAGUACCUGUGUCCUAAUUAUUUUCAUGCUGGUCAUGACCUAAAGGAAAUUUAUUAGCACAUGUACUUUAAGUCAGGUAUUUUUAACUUGAUCAUGAUCGGCUCUGAGGUGCAACUUUUUUCUUCAUAUACUGUACAUAUCUGUGAGCCUCCUUGGAGUGCUGCAGUCUUUAAUCAUGUUGUUUAAAGCUGUUGUGAUACAAGUUGUUCUCUACUUGUCCAAAUAAAAUUUAUUAA